UUGAACAACGGUUUAGCGCCGUCAUCGAGGAAUUUAUUGUGAAGCACUUUCCAGAGACGUGAGACAAGAUUUCUUAAAUGAACUCACGACGCCUUCCAGUUAUGGGAUCUUCCACGGGGAGCCAAUGGAAAUUUCCAAGUGCCGAUUUUCACUGGAUGUGACCAGCGCUCUUCUGCGAUUACUGUGACGUCACUUGCCCUUGCCACUUUUCUUGGGCUUGGAAGCACUCGUCCGCUUGGCCCGUCGUGAUUUCGACGAGGACCUGCUACGGGCGUGGCCGUGCCGUUUACGUCCGGCACUCUUGGUGGUCGCGCUCGCGGCAGAAGAGCUGCUGACGGAGCGAUGACGUCGGCUCUUGCUGCGUCCCCUCUUUCUCCCGCGGGUGCUCUCCGAACGGGUGGUUGAUGUCCCUCGGCGGCUGCCUCGGUGCUUGCGGCCACCUCGGCCGCUGCGGGACGAGUAUCGGGAGCGGCCACGGCUCCUUCCCCUCCUGGCAUGGUGGCUGCUGCUGCCGGAGGAGUGACUACGCGAGCGGUGGCGACGCUUGGUUGGCUUACAUCAGGAAAGGCGCCUUUUAUUCCCCGAGCUGACCCCCGCAGCGCGGCCGCCGUGGUGUCCAUUGUCCGGCGCCUUGAACGGCGCGUGGGAAGAGGCCUCCGUAGAGGUUUCCGCGGGCACUCCACCGCUCAUAGCAGAGCAGGGCUAUCCUGUUCAGGAGAAAAAGAAAUCCGUCCCAAAGAUUUCUGGCAGCCUCAACCGAUGGGUCGCCGACGACAGCGGCGCCAUAUAACCGACGCGAAGCCAGCGGAGGCCAGCCAGCCACCAUCCUCCGAACCAGAGCCACCGGGCCCACCGCUGACGGCAGCUGCAGGACCGUUGGUGCCGGUAACCGCGCAGCCGACGUCAACUACAUCGUCGGAAUCGCUCUCGCCGUCGACGUUAGCCGCUGAGGCGGGUGCGACCGCGGACGCGAUGCAGGAUGAGUGUGUUGCAUACCUGCGGGAGCUGUGGUCGACCAUCCCCGUGGCCAGAGCCCGCUACUGUGAGCCCCGCUCGUCCACGAUGAGCGCACCGCAGGCAUUUCCCCCGUCGAGGUCGUAGGCACUUGGCAGCUCGGCGACACGAAUAGCACACACAUUAUAUCGCUUUUAUUUUCAUCCUGUUAGUCCUCGCCUCGUCCCAUCUCUCAAUGUCUUAGCGAAUAAAUGUGUGUGCCACGCGUG